AUGCAGCAACAAAGCAACGAUGAAACAAAGACUCAUGAUCAACAAAACAUGGAGCCGCAGAGAGGUGUUGAGAAGAAGGGGCGAGAUAUUCGUUUCAGACUUGAGCAGUUUUACAAUCGACAACGGACGAAGAAGCAGCAGUUCCAGGCACAACAACAAGAACAAGAGAUGAAACUCCAACAAGAACAAGAACAAGAACCUACUCAACAGCAACAGCAGCCGUUAGCUUCUCAUUUCCAUCUCUAUGCGCUGGUGGAGAAACUAGCAAAUGCGGUUGAAACUGGAACACGAGAUCAGAACUCUAAUGCCAUGGUGACUGAACUUAGUAGCUAUUUCAACAAGAGCCAACAGAUGCUGAACUCGGUUUCAGAAGCCCUGGGAUUUAAAACUAUGGUAAUAACAGGGAAAAAAAACAAGAAAGCUUUCACAUUUGGACCAUAAAACAUAGCUUGUCUGGCUUUUUCCUUAUGAAUAUUCGUGUGCUUUUAUAGUAUGUUGAUUGGCAAAAGCGAAAACUAGAAGACACUGAGAAGUUGCUUCAACAGAGAAGGUAAAGCAAAUUGUUACCAAUUUUCAGUAUCAUCUUGUAUCGUGCUUUGACUUAUACUUGUCUUCUUAAACCUAUGGUCAGGGAGUUGAUUGUGGAAUACAGAAAAUCAAUUGAAGAUAUUUUGAAGAUCUAGCCUUAGUAUUUCUCCCAAAAGAUGUUUUGGAUUACUCUCAUUCAGCAACUCAGCUACUAAAGACCAGUAAUUUGUAAUCAGUAUAUUUUUCUUUCAUCAUUAUAUUAAAUAGACCAAUGAGAACUGUCAGACGCAAGAAAUUAACGGAUAUAUGUGGUGGAAAGAUUUUUGCCAAGCUUUUUGUAAUUUCAGUCUUGUGGUCGAUGUUGUUAUAGUUCGGCUGUUUACAUUUACUUCUAAAAUUAAAAAAUUAAUUGGUUUGAACAAAAAAAAAUCUCUUAUAUAUUAAUUCAAGAUCAUUUAAAAAAUUGUAACCUUAAAUUUGUAUUAAUUAAAAAGAGACACUGCUUAGAUGUUACUUAAUUAAAAUGUCAAUUUAUCUUAUGUGGCAGCUUAAAAUCAAUUGAAAAAAAAUGUUGGUCCUAAUCUAAUUACUAUGGAAUAUUAUAUUAACCCAAAAUAUAAGAAGAGUGUAUUCUUUCCUUAAAUAGAAGCUACAAAAUUA